CGGCCGUCCUCCUCCUCCUCCUCUCCCUCCCCCCCUGUCCUCCACAUGUGGACACCGUGAAAACAGGGAGGCUGAGACUCGGCGGCUGCCAGCGUCGUGCGGGGCCUUGAAUGUUACGAACGUGUGGCCGGGGGACGUGGAGGAAGCUCGGAGCCUCCCUCACGACAGCCAUUGUUUACAAAGACGUCACCCUCCGGCGGAUCGCCCCCUCCGACAGUCGAGUGUAGCGUCGGGUGCCGCCGCCGACACGCUGUCGGUCCCCGCGGAGCGAGACGCGCUUCGUCGCCACAUUGUCUCGGAGGUAGUUGUCAUUGGAGUUACGUAACUGGACGUGCGCUUUUAUUGUGUUUGUGUGCAGCCUCCGACACCUAAACUCCUCCGGUGGCACUUCAACCAAAGCAGGGGCCUUCAGCGGGUCCUCCAGGUGUUUGGUGUGCGGUCCCUCAUGUGACCGAGGAGCCCUGGAGCUUUUGGCCUAGUGUCUGUUGUUGCACCUGCUGCUGCUGUUUGGGCAGCGAAAGGCUCCAGAGGCCACAGGAAGACACGUAUCCAGUUUCCACGCGGUCAUCUGCGGUUGGUGCUGCCUCCUUCUCUUCUCCUUGUUCCUCGCUCCUCUUCGUCCCCCUCCUUCCAUCCACCGGGCCACCUGUCCGCCAUGUCGCAGGGUCAAAACUUCCUCCCCAAAUUCCUGUUUGUCUCCAACCUGCUGAAGGCGGUGAAGAUCCGUCAGCGAGUGCCCAAUGACGUGGUGAAGCCGGCGACCAGUGGCGGCCUGAUGCACCACCUGCGGGGUAUGCACAGGUACACUCUGGAGAUGAUCGCCAUGAACCACUUCCCGCAGGCCUUCAGGGAGGUGGUGCAGGCUGCCAUCUUGGACCGAGCCAUGCAGGCCUCUCUGGAGCAGGAGAAGAAGCUCAACUGGUGUCGGGAGGUGAAGAAGAUGGUGCCGUUACGCACCAAUGGAGACGGGAACUGUUUGCUCCACGCAGCCUCUCAGUACAUGCUGGGCGUCCAGGACACAGACCUUGUGCUUCGGAAAGCCCUCCAUGGUGUUUUGAAAGAGACGGACACUGGUGGCUUUAGAGCUCGCUUCCAGGCAGAGCUGCUCCAGUCCCAGGAGUUCACCCAGACCGGACUCCGAUACACCACCAUGAACUGGGAGGAGGAGUGGGAAAAGAUUGUGAAGAUGGCCUCUCCCGUCUCCAGUAGCAACGGCCUCCAGUUUGACUCUCUGGAGGACAUUCACAUCUUCGUCCUGUCCAACAUUCUCCGCAGACCCAUCAUCGUCAUUGCAGACCAGGUGGUCAGGAGUAUGAAAUCUGGCUCCUCCAUCUCUCCUCUGAAUGUGGGUGGGAUUUAUCUGCCGCUGCACUGGCCACCCACAGAGUGCUACAAAUACCCAAUAGUGCUUGGCUAUGACUCCCAGCACUUUGCACCCCUCAUCACCAUCAAAGACAGUGGUCCAGAGAUCCGAGCUGUGCCACUGAUCAACCCAGGACGGGGGGACUUCGAGGAGCUGAAGGUUCACUUCCUGAUGGAGAAAGAGCAGCAGCAGAAAGAGAGACUUCUCAAAGACUACCUGUUCCUGAUAGAGAUCCCCGUCAUAGGCUUGGGCUACGAUGUUUUACGGAUCAUCAACGCUGCAAGGCUGGACGAGGGCAAUCUUCCUGAAGACAUGAACCUGAUGGAGGACUACCUGCAGCUCGUCAACCACGAGUACCAGCGCUGGCAGGAGGACAAGGAGCAGGCAUGGGCUGCCCAGCCACAGCGCCCACCACCCUUUUCCGUCUCCCAGCUCUCCCUCAUCGAAAUCCGCUGUGCCACACCACGAUGCACCUUCUACGUCUCUGUAGACACGCAACCUCAUUGCCACGAAUGCUUUGAGAAGCGACAGGCCACCACCGGUGGAGGAGCGAGGAUAGAAGGGGUGAUACAGGCCAAGGGAGGAGGGGUACAAGGUGGGGUCGGUGUAAUGGGGGGAUCAGAGACCGAGGUGAACUCUAGAGGGGCUCGAAGCAGCAGCCCCCCAUCCUCCUCGUCUGGGAGAGGGGUGGUGAUAUCCAGCCCUCGCUCAGCACCACCCACUGCCCCCAGCCUCAGCCUGUACAGUGAAACUCAUGCCAUGAAGUGCAAGACACCCGGCUGCCUCUUCACUCUUAGCGUAGAGCAUGAUGGACUUUGUGAGCGCUGCUUCAACUCCACACAGAACCAAGGAGCCCCUGGAGCUGGAACGGCUGCCACAGGACUCCCAGGCCCCAAUGGGGGGCCUACAGUUCCCCACCCGGCCCAGGGCUCCGGCUGGACCCAGUGGGGGGGCUGUGAGACAGAGACAGAGCGAUGCAGCAUGUGUAGACAGGAGGCGUUCAGGAUAUUCAAUGGCCUGUGUCCGCCCUGCAUGCAGAAACAGCAGCCUCCAGAGAGGGGAGAGCCACAGCAGAGCAACCCAAGAACUGAGGCCUCUUCUUCAGCUUGGAGCCAGGCCAGGGACUCUGAGCGGCCGUGCCUAACCAUAACACCAGGACACACCUCAGCCUGGCAGGCCCCUCUGGCACGGCCUUGUAAAAGAUCUGGUUGCCAAUUCUUUGGAACACCAGAGAAGUUGGGUUUCUGCACUAUUUGCUACGUAGACUAUCAGACCAACCACCACAUGACACCUCCCCCUGCCCCGGCCCAGAGCCGGCAUGGUUUGGAGGCAGGCUUCCAGAAUGCCACCAGGUGUCGUGGGCCUGGUUGUGGUGCGGUUGGCAAGGCAAUGCUGGAGGGCUACUGCGACAAGUGCUACGUCAAAGAGCAAAGCACACGGCUCAACCAAGUGGCACAUCGCACACCACACUCCCCUCCUUUAGUCAUGCGUGACCGAGCAGUUAAACCCAGAUCUUCGCAGCAAUCCCAGACCCAGACUCAGUGCCGGCGGAGCGGCUGCAGUAACGUGUCCCCCGGUUGCACAGACCUUUGCCCAGAGUGCCACACACGAGGCCAGGGCAGAGAGGUGGGCCGACGGGCGCAGGCGCCCAAGGAAAAGUCUAAGCAGCGGUGUCGGACGCAGGGCUGUGACCACUACGCCAACCAAGAGAAACAGGGCUACUGCAACGAGUGCGACCACUUCAAACAGAUUUACCGCGGCUGACCACAUACCCAUGCACGCAACAACGAUGACGACACAUUGCUAGCACGCUAGAGCCGCUGCCCAGCUCUGGGCGCCCCAUGCCAGUCAAUGCACCUCUGAUACUAACUAACCAACUAACUAACUAGCUAGUGACUAACUAGUAACCUUAUGGCCUGAAAAUCAAACCCCCCAUGUAGAAUGUGAAGAGAGAAUGUGUGUACGUGGGGGGGAGUGAGUGUGUGUGUGUGUUCGCAGUAGACAUGGCCUCCAGAAUACCUCUUUGUGCAAUUAUUAUCAUCUGAUGUGCCCUGUGCACCUACACGGUGAGAGGUUUGGCUACAUGUCAAAGCAACUGACUUAAUGCUUGUGUACAAUAUGUAUUUAGAGGUCGUGCCGGACAAAAUGAUUGUAUGUCGACAUAACAAGAAGCAUCUGACAUUGCUUUCUAGACCACAGCCAAGGAUUUAUACCCCUAUGUCUGUCUGACUGUCUGUCCGACUGUCCGUCUGUCUUAACCCAUCUGUGUAUCUGUCUGUGCCUGUCUGUCUAGCAUUUGCUCUGUAGAGUGAGGGAUGCAGUAGUUGGGGGGGGGACCCCAGCAACAGAUCUGUGGAAGUAGUUAGAAGAAGUGAUCAGAACUGGGCCAAAGCAAAGUAAGUGAAGUUCUAGACAUGAAACAAAAA